AGCUCGGUUGCCGCUCUCUUGUCCCUGAGGAUGAUAAUAGUCGUUAGGGAACGGCUGCGCAGUCAGUUAAAGUGACCCUUGGCAGGAACCAGUCAAAGUAUGACUUAAAAUGACGGUUUAAGCCGUAAUUAAUCGAAACUAAGCCCGUUCUUGCUCAUUGUUGAACAGCCAGCCGGGAGAAUGGGGUAAAGGCUGUUGCUGUAUUUUAGAUGGCCAAGAGACAAAGGAAUAAAUGCACUGCCCGCCAAUGCUGUGUUUCAUCACAGUUAACUACGUGACCAAUGAAUUCCGUCUCACCUUCCUCCAUUCAGUAUGUCCAAAGCCAGGAAGACCUGCGUCCCUCAGGCUCAAAGAGGCAAUUUCCCAGUGAUCACAAGAACGGCUGGGACAGCCACUGUAAUUUGACAGAGAAGCCCCAACACACUGAACCAGAUGAGGUAGACAAGAUAAAAGCUAAGCUGAUGACAGCAUGGAACAAUGUCAAAUAUGGUUGGGUUGUGAAAGGGAGAACAAAUUUCAGCAAAACAUCCCCCAUUUUCCUUCUCGGCCGGUGCUACUGCUUUGAGUCAGAAGCAGCAGAUUCGCCAUCAGACUCGGACACUAGUUAUGAGACAGGCAACAACCAAAAUUCCCCUCCUACCUCAGUGGAAUUGUUCCGGAAGGACUUUGCCUCACGGAUCUGGUUGACAUACAGGCGUGAAUUUCCUCAGCUGGAGGGUUCGGUAUGGACCACAGACUGUGGUUGGGGUUGCAUGUUACGCAGUGGCCAGAUGCUGUUGGCUCAGGGACUUCUUGUUCAUCUUCUGUCUCGAAACUGGACGUGGCCUGAUGUUUUGCUUUCGUUUGAAUCCGAAGCUGAAUCCAGAUCACCGUCCAAAUCAAACACUUCAAACUGGCCCAUGUUCUCCGAGGUCCUCGGCUCACAACUGGACAGAAGUAGAAGCUGCAGGGAUACGCAGAGAGUUGCUGUGAAACAAAGACCUGCACGAGCACAGAGACAGACCAAAACUGACCAGUACAUUAUUGACAAAGAGGAUCUGGAGCACCGAAAAAUUAUCUCCUGGUUUGGAGAUUACCCCAAAGCUCCAUUUGGAGUCCAUCAGUUAGUGGAUCAUGGGAAGAGAUCAGGGAAGAAAGCUGGAGACUGGUAUGGCCCAUCCAUUGUAGCCCACAUAAUCAAGAGAGCAGUAGAAAGAGCCGAAGACUCUGAAUCACUGAACAUUGCAGUUUACGUGGCUCAGGAUUGCACAGUGUACAAGGGAGAUGUGGUGAAUCUCUGUGAGACACAUUUAAAGGGUGAGAAGGUUCCUGGUUUGGAUUGGAAGUCUGUCAUUAUCCUGGUACCCGUUCGACUUGGAGGAGAAAAUCUCAAUCCAGUGUACAUGCAGUGUGUGAAGGAGAUUCUGAAGCUUGAAUGUUGCAUUGGCAUCAUUGGUGGCAAACCAAAACACUCACUUUACUUCAUAGGCUUUCAAGAUGAUUUCCUGCUGUAUUUGGACCCUCACUACUGCCAGCCUGUUGUGGAUGUAACUAAACAUGACUUUGAGUUGGAGUCAUUUCAUUGCGUCUCUCCAAGAAAACUGUCCUUCAGUAAGAUGGAUCCCAGCUGUACCAUUGGGUUUUAUGCAAAGACUAAGGAGGACUUUGAAAACUUGUGUAAAACUGUCACAAUGGUGUUGGGCUCCUCAUCAUUGAAAGAGAAGUACCCUAUUUUCACUUUUGCAAGGGGCUGUGCUCAGGAUUAUGGUCUGGAUGAACUCUGCACUCUCAAACCGGACAAAACUGUGCUAAUCUCCAAACCUGGAAGACCAGGGAAGUCAAGACAGAACAGCACUGAUGAAUUUGUCUUUCUGUGAUGAGAAAAUUGACUCAAUUAGAUAUCUGUGCCUGCUGUAUUUCAGCAGGGUCUAAAUUAGGAGCCUCGUGGAGUGUUCCUUUAUUUAUAUUCCAUUGUCUUUUCACGAAGGGGCUGGUGCCCUGAGGGGACAUUGCCUCCUCUCUCGGCGACUUUUCUUCUGACACUGGUGUUAGCGUUCUACCUGACCAGGCAUCAUCCAGUUGGGUUUUCCUUCUUUUGCAGCAGUGCUAGUGCUGCACAAGUCUGUUGUGAAUCAGUAGGGUAUAGGUUUUUGGACAAGUUGUCAAUUGCAAGCUGACUACUACUGUUUGAAGUAAAAUCUGAUAUGAGUAACACAAAAGGCUCAGCUAUUGCUAUGUUGUGUAGGAUGACUUUCAUGAGCGUAGGAGUGUUUAAUGACAGCAGUCCUUCAUCUCACCAGUCUUUAGUGUGUGAGUCCAAACUGUGGAUGGCAGGGGAUUCAUUCUUCAGCUGGAGGAUUGCUGACCCCGAGCUCAAUCCAAUGUGCUUUAUAAUUUGAGGAGCUCAGACUCUUGACUCGUGGUGGCUCUUCCCAGGGUCUGACAGUUGGAUGUGAAUGCUGCCUGACUGGAUUGGCGAAUUCAGCACAGAAUCAAGCAAGUCCAUCUUUAAUUUGCAUGUUUGUUCGCCCCCACUGUUUGACCCAGGGAAGUACUGCUAUCAGCCCAAAGGGGAGUGUGAUGUUACUUCAAUCCCACAUGUAUACUUGUUGAUACACGCAGUCCACUCUCUCUCUCUCUCUCGUGUGUAAACUUAUAACCUGCCAUUUUACAGCACAGAUUGGUGGCUCUGCAACAUUCCUGACUUGCCUACACAUUCUGUUGACAGUGUUGUGAUUGGAAUAUUUGGAGCCACACUCUUAGGUGGGGAAACAGGAGUAAAAUCUUUCAUUCUGUAAGAUUGGGGUUAUGCAUCGAACAGGAGAAGAGUUGGUGCUGGCACGGUUACUAAACCUGUCCUCUCAUUGUGCCAAAUUCAAACAUGUACAAAUCUUGUAACCUUUGUCACUCAGUGCUCCCAAUGUGAUUUAAUUUGUUUUUUUAAUGGUGAAAGGAGAAUUGGAUGAGGCACCUUUCACCUCUUGGGACCUGGAUUCAAAGGUGACAGGAUGGAAGUGGUUGCUGCCUGCAAGCAUCCUCUGUAAGAAGUUUUGACCAACUGCAAGGUUCGACACUAAUUGUCACUUGGUUACAGGGUGUCAGUGUGGGAAAUGCUGAAGACGUGUGUCAGAGACUCUCUCCUGUGGCUUGUAUUCAGGCACAAAAUUUGUAGUAGUAAAGAACUUUGUUCUGCCUUCACCGAAACUGUACCUGACAGCUCAUAGUCUGCGAAUGUGAGAUGGUCAUAAAGGAAAUCUUGAUCUCUGUAUCCAGCAUUGCUACCUAACUCAAACCAGCAGAAUGUCAUUUUUCUUAAUCGAUCAAACAGUUAAGAGCUGGAUUAAUGCAAAGUUAUUUAUGUUGUGUUAUUUGUUUCAUAAGGUCCAAUUCCUGCAUUGUGGACAUGUGUUUUGGAAAAAGCUGGUUCGUUUGGAGUAUCGGUGUCUUUAUUUCCCUGUAUCUACACCCUCCCAGCCUACUGUCUCUUCACCCCCGGCCCCUGGAUGAGGAUUGUCUGCAUGCUAGUAGUACUGUCAGUGUUUGCUAGUAGGAUACCCUGCACCAGUAUAAUUUGACAGAAAUCUAACUGGACUGGGAUUGUUUGUCUUUGACAGUACCCCCUCAGGUCAUUUAGAAGUGUGAGAAGUACCAAAUUGACCCUCCACUUAAAUCAGGAGAUCUUAUUUUUAAAUUCCUUUUACUUUCUGGCAGGGAAUCUCAGUGCAGCAAUUUUUGGGUUUGUUGCUGUAACUGUUAGUUUUGCAUGCUGCCUCACAUAUGCUUGCGACCUGAAGCUGAUGUGACUACCAGGGUGCAGUGGAAAUUUUAGAAUAAUGUUUGGACACUUGAGAGCGUUGCUAGACGGAUUACUAAGUCACCUCUGCUUUUCUUUCAGACAAUCCCCAUUUAUUAUUUGCAGUCGCUAAAGAAUAUCACACAUUGUUUGUGAUUAGCAACUUUUAAACAAAUUGGCUUAAUUUCCGCUAGACCUUGUAGUGAUUAAAUUUAUAUCUCAAUCUUUUCCAGCUGUUGAAGAUUUUACUGUCUUUAACGGACUAUUAGUGUUUUUGUCUGAACGAUAUUAUAACUGAUGGUUUCAUUUGGAAGUCUUUGUAAUACCUUUGUGCCUGUGGGUGAGGAAGCCGGAAAGCCAGAUACUGCCUUUAGGAAUGUUGCUUGGCUGAAAGAAGUGAGCUCCUUCGAGACAGGAGUGAGAGCAACUUGCAAGGACUUGAGGGGCAGAGAGGGCGUUCCUGCCAGAGCAGGGAACGCUCCCACCCCAAGAUUAUCCACAGCUUAGAGAUGCUCAAGUUUCAGAACAAAACCAAGAAAACUGAUUUAUAAAGAGCCCAGUAUAACCUCACUGCCACCUCUUCAGAAUGGGUGUCCUCGUCUGAUGCAUAGCCUUUAGCAUUGCUGUUGGAAAGCCUUUUAAUAUUUACCUCUGUUCAUUAAAUCUAUUCAUUGUUGCAUUUUGGUCUUCCAUGAGAGAAACACUAAGCAAAACCUUCAUAAGAGCAGGGCUGCCAGUCUUGAUUUUUGUGUAACGGUAGCACGCAUUCUCAAAUAGUUUAUUUUCCUUUUCUGUGGGGGUGUGGUGGUAGAGAAAGGAGGUACUUCUAUCAGUUUGCAGAAUAAUUUCAGAUUAUCUUUUACAGAAGCCAUUUUAUGUUGCAUAUUUUUUAAUUCUUUAAGAAUUUGGAUAAUAGGAAGUUAAAAGCCUGUUUAGGUUUCAAUGGCUCACCUUUCUGUGAUUUCUGUUAUGUAUCUUUUUUACUUUCUAACUGGAACAUUAAUGAAGUUGUUACGAUUUAGCUGUACCUGUAGAGAGUUCCUCAUGGUGUGUCUUACUGCGGCAUGUAUGGGGCACUGUCAGUUUAAAAUUCAUUGAACAGCAGAAUUAGCACAAAGGGUUGGGGGGGACACAUGACUGGCUUCUGUAUGCUUUCCAGUUAAUACCAACUCCUGCUGUCGAGCAGCAGGAGGAGUGAGAUGGUGUUCUGUGUGUAAUGUUUUUUUGAUUUCACCCAUUGAUAGAUGUGUCUUCAUUUCUACUUGUGUUAUAAUCAGUCACUCUCCACUUUCCUAAGCAAACUCAAAUAUAUAGUUACUGACUUGUACUAAUGAUUGUAAUUCUGCUCUCUUCUGAUUACCUUGACUAGCAACAUGCAGUCCUUCCAUUUGUUGUAGGCUUUGGGUUAGAUUGUUAGAAUAUAUACAAACACUCCUGACUUACUGUAGCUGUGUUGCCUGAAUGCUGGCUCUAUGCAGGAUGGUUAGCUAGCUCAGGUAGAACCAGCUCUACCUUCCUUUCGUCAAUUCACUGGAGUUUGUCACAUGCCCUAAUGUGAAAUAGUUAUAUCCUUAAAUCUCAGUCCAUCCAAAGUAGAGAAAAAAGUUAGGUUGCUGCUUCUGUUUGAUUGAUGUGGGGGUGUCGUGUUGGACAAGGAUCGACAAGAUCAGAAAUAACAAUGCCAGGUUGUAGUGCAACAGGCUUAUUUGAAAUCACAACCUUUCAGAGCAGUGCUUGGACUGUAACCUGGUUUCAUGUGUUGUGUGUCUUGAAGGGGCUGUUUAUAACUGAAAAAUUGUUGUUCUAUUCUCCCAUUUUGUCUGCCAUCACCACCCCUCCAAACCACUACGAACUCGUGGAACUCCUGUCAUUGGUGUUCAGCUGGAUGUUCAAGAGCAGGGUAUUUUCCCGGUGACUUGGCUAACAUUCCUUCCUUAACUCCAUUAGAACAGAUUUAGCAUCUCAUUGCUGUUUGUGUGCAGAAUGCUGCAUUGCCUGGUAUAACUGCUGACUAAGAAGCACUUUGAGUUAUUUGAGAAAUGUGUUAAGCUGCUACACAAUCAAGUUCUUCUUCCAGCCUGUGAGUUAAGUUGCUGCUUCAGCAGGAUUGAACCCUGGCUAUGUCGUUUCCUGAGCACCAUCGACUUUGUGCUCUAAGAGCACGUUGUGUGAGAGUGCUGUGCUGGAAGCUUUUUCACGGAGUUCAGUCUGACUCAAGCUCACCACUCUAACUCUUUGCCUGGAUAUAUCUUGAGCUACUUUUAUUAAUUUGAUCAAUAAACAGAUUUGAUUCAGUAUUCAGAGCAGGGAAAAAGUUUCAGGGAUGGUUAGAGCUAUCACCGAGAGCUGAGAGGUUGGCUUCUGUAUGCUUUCCAGAUAGAUGCCAACUCCUGCUCUUGAGCAGCAGGAGGAAUGAAAUGAUGUUCUGUGUGCAUUUUUUUAAUUUCACCCAUUGAUAGAGGUGUCUUCAUUUCUACCUCUGUGGUUUUGUUCCUCCUCACUCACCCAUCCAAGCAUGGAUUCAUUGCUGGGAUAAAUAUUGCAUCUUGUAUCUCUUCCAACUCCUUUAAUCACGUAUGUGAAUCACUGGGGACGUACGGAGAAGCUGUGUAACUGUGGAAGAUGUUACUGCCUGAUCCCUAACAGCGGGAGAAGUCAGGAAAGAGGCAAAUCCCUUCACACCUCACCAUGAUUCUAGGACAGGUCAGGGCAGAAGAGUUAUAGAAAUCAUGAUCUUCCUGACUCAGCCAGUAUCCUUACCUUUCAACUGUUACAAUGGUUUUCCCUCUUUGUUUGAAGAAAACUCCUUGCACGACUGUACAAAAUCACACUAGAAUGGUAAUUGCUGGGCUGGCUGGUUUUAGUGCUGUGUGUCACCUGGUUACAGAUUUCCAAAUGAUGUAGAUGAAAUCCUGCAGGGCUAAAGGAAAAAAAGUCAAGUGUAUAAUUUAUCCUCAGCUUUUGUUGUACUUGCAAUAUUUUAUUUCCAAUUCCUAACUUUGAAAUGAAGAAUCAGCUUUCCUUGGAAUGAGCAGGGAAUUGGGAUCCAUCAUCUUGAUGGCCACUGCUUUGUCUGAGAGGAGAUUUGAAUUUUGUGUUGAAAUGUUGUUUGUAUUCCCACUGUUACUGAAAUCUGUUCAUUGAUGCUUUUGUGCACAAACUACUGAAAGCAACUGUUCUAAUACUGUUAUUUUAGUAGGGCCUGUGUUGACUGUCCAAAUUAAUUUCUAGGUCGCUUAGUGCACCACUGUGCAAUGAACAAUGUGGGUUUGUCCCUGGUAUAUGCUGGGAUUUGCUGAACCCAGCUGGAGAUUUGGUGUGCCUGGAUUAAAGGAAGUAAAUCAGCCAGGGUUUUAUUUCCAAAUACUGCACAGUAACUCUGCAGCAAUAUGUAUGGGAGCACAAGGUGAGGAUUAGCACCAACUGAUCACACACUAGGGUGAGGUUUCCAAGCAUGGCUAGCACAGAACCAGACCUCAUGGGUCAGCAACUUUGGAAAAGCACCAAGGUGAAGAGGUUAAAAUUAACUCCACAUUUAUCCUUCUGCAGCUAUGCUCCCUUCAGACCAAGAAGCAGGUCUGAAUUCAGCUUUUGGUGGACUGUUUCCCAAACAUAGAAUCAACACAGGCCUUCCUAAAACUAGUUGUGAUACUGUUUGACCAGACAUUUUCACUGUCGGAUCGGAGACACUCCCAGGUAACACUAGUGGGCUUUAUCCCUUUGAGGAUGUGGUUUUUGGUGGGAGACUGGAGAGGAGAAAGUCUCUCCUCCUCCCAUAGUCCUUACAAAUCCUGUAGCAGGUGGAGAGAGUGGAUCACUUCACUAACCACUCUGUCAUGUCCUUCAGAUCUCAGCUGUGCACUUGUGGUCCCAUUUCUCAUGACAUGUAGCAUUAAAGGGUCAGAGUUGGGUGGUUUAAACAUAACUCACUAGAAAGAGAAUUUUUUUCUCUAUAUGUUCAGAUUUUUAAAAAAAUAUGGGAAUGAAGGGACUUGAGCAAAAAUCUUAAACUUAAAAAGCAGUGUAGAUGUCUGAAACUGCAGUAUUUUUAGAUCUGUUGUGCAAAUGAUAACCACAUUCCUCAAGGGGCUAAAGCUCCAUUUCUUUCUAAUUUAUGUUUGUUCAGAAAUAAACUGUUAAUUUGAAGCUGCUUAGCAGUUUGAAAUAAAUGAAAAUAGCCAUUUGACAGUC